AUGAUUUAUUUAAACUUCUCAAAAGCCUUUGAUUCAGUGUCACAUCGUAAUCUUCUUUUGAAACUUGAACAGCAUGUUGUCUCAGGCUCAUUGAUGAGUUGGUUCUCGGACUAUCUGAAUGAAAGGCGUCAACGAGUGGUGGUCGAAGGAGUCGCGUCAUCAUUCCUCACAGAGACAUCAGGGGUUCCACAAGGCAGUGUACUUGGUCCACUUCUAUUUUUGAUCUAUGCAAACGAUCUUCCAAACGCGGCUAACCAUAGCAUAGUCCCAAUGUUUGCUGACGACAGCAAAUGCUACCGAGAAAUUUCUCAGCCACGAGAUAGAGAUCUCCUCCAGUCCGACUUAAAUCUCCUCCAUCGAUGGUCGUCUACGUGGGAUUUAAAGUUUAACACCAACUAA